AUGUUAACAAAUAAUUUUAUAACAUCUAUUUUUAGUAGCUUGGUGGCUAAAGAAAUAAAUACUUUAAUUAGCUGUGCGAGGAAAUUUAAAUACGGACCCGGAACCCAACAGAAUUACAAAUAUUCGGUGGACGUAAAGACAUUUUUUAACGGCACAAGCAAAAACGAAUCUAGUCUGUACGUAGAAGGGAUAGUCAGCCUCGGUUUUUUCACACCUUGUGACGGCGUUCUGACCCUGUCUGAUGUUAAAUUAAGCGAAAACACCCCAUCGGACCCGAAUAAUCCCAACGAUCAGCAAUUCGCCUACGCUGUCAGUGAAUAUUCCUUAAGGUUUUCCUUUAAAGAUGGUGUUAUUAAUGAAAUAUGCCCGUCGGAGGAAGAAAAAGUUUGGAUUUUGAAUUUCAAAAGGGGUAUUCUGUCCAUGCUGCACAAUACGAUGAAAAGGUUUGAUUUGGACCAUUCGACUGAAGAGGAGGACGUUAGAGGAAAGUGCCCUACACAGUAUAGGAUCCUAGGGGCAGACCAAACUAGUUUGUUGAUAGAAAAAACUAAGGAUUUGAAUUCUUGCCAAAGAAGAUCCAAGUUUCAUUCCGUGUUACAGACUAGAAGCACCUUAAACAUCGAAUCGAAAACCGAUAAAAUAUUGAAUUCGUCAAGUCACUGCCUCGUAUCAAUCGACCAUAACGUAUACAAUGACAUAACUUGCAAAGAAACCUACGUUUUGCAACCUUUUUCCAAUCAAGGCGCGGGUGUUAGCACCACCAUGGUGCAGAAACUGAGUUUACUAAAUGAAGUUACUACUAACGCGUAUAACUCGGAAACGGAAAUAUCGCUGAGGGAAGCUUUACGUUUCGAUCACACCGUGCAGCCGAAAAUAACGCACGCGGAAUUGAAAAUUUCAAGGGAUUUGAUAAAAAAGCUGUGCAAGCGGAGUAAAAAUGACGAUCACACCGAUCUGUCGGAUAUAUUUGGCAAGUUUAUUAAAAGCUUGCGGCUGCUUUCUUAUCCCGCCCUUUCGGCUUUGUACGGACAUUCCAAAGCAACAUGUCCCACAGGAAGGAAGCACUUACUAGACAUUAUGCCUUUCGUAAAUACCGCCGCGUCGGUUUCCGUAAUGCGAGACAUUAUUUUGCACGAAAAUGUCCCAGAAGGUACAGUCAACGAAUGGGUUCUCUCAAUAGCUUUUAUUGCAAACCCGAACGAAGAUAUGAUGGAGGUCGGAAUGGAUCUUUUACAUAAACAUAAAUUCUCUCCGACUAUCGCUUUAAGCGUGGCCUCUCUCACACGUUCAUACUGCACUCAACAUUCCAACUGCCAAAAUAUCGAUUCGGUGUUUUCUAUUGUUCGAUACUUGGAACUUAAUUUUUUGAAGUUGUUAAAGAUGGAUUAUUUAGAAAGAGAAACAUACGACGAGAUCAUGGUUACCAUUAAAGCUUUAUCCAACAUCGGCGUGAUGUCUGAAGAUUUCCAAAAAGAGCUUUUUAAAGUUAUAGAUAAUAAUAAUUUGGACGUGGGGUUGAGAGUUGCUGCGGUUGAAAGCUUUCGUCGCUUGCCUUGCGAGGACUCUAGAAAUUAUUUUGAGUAUAUCUUCCGGAACCAGGACGAAGAUGCUGAAAUUCGCAUAGCUUCCUAUCUUCAAAUAAUGAGAUGCCCUAAUUAUUUACUUAUACGUACAAUCCGCCAUUCUCUACUGCAUGAGGAGGUUAAUCAAGUUGGAUCGUUUAUAUGGACGCAUUUAAACAAUCUGCUUAAAACUUCCGUUCCAAGUAAAGUAGAAAUUCAAAGCUUACUCUCGGAAAAGGACUUGGUUAAAAAAUUUAGUAGCGACAUCAGAAAAUUCUCAAAUAAUUUCGAGGGGUCGCUGUAUUUCGACGAUUACAAUAUGGGCGGUAGCUACGAAAGUAAUAUUAUAUUUUCAACGUCGUCGUUUAUUCCAAAAUCUGCCAUGUUUAAUUUCACUGUUGACGUGUUUGGGGAAGCUAUAAACUUAUUUGAGAUUAACGGUCGAUUAGAAGGCUUCGAACAUUACUUAGAAUCGCUUUUCGGACCCAAAGGGUCAUCAAAAUCGAUGGCGGAGAGCAUAAUAGACAAGGUGCGCGGUACGAGAAACGCAAGACCGGAUGAAGUUUUGAAAAAUCAAAUCAGUAGAUUACCCAAUGUCAUGGAUAAUGUAACAAAGGAACCGAAGGUUUUGCUAGGUUUGAAGGUAUUUGGAAAUGAACUAAAAUAUGCCUCGUUUAGGGGGAAAAAAGAAAUAUGGGAUGCGGUACAAGAUCUUGAUCCCGUAUACCACUUAAAACACAUAUUUUCUGGAAAGGAAAUUUCUUAUAACAAGGCUGUAAUGUUCCUUGAUUGCAACUAUAUAGUACCCACCGGAGCCGGUUUGCCGUUGCAACUAACGGCAUUGGGAACAUCUUCGAUAAAUCUAAAACUAUACGGAUCCUUAAAGACAGCAGGAUUGUCCAAGGAUAAAGACCUGGAAAUAGACCUUACUGCCGACAUACAACCAACCGUUUCAUUAGAUGUUAGCGGUGAAAUGUCGGUUGACGCUUUUUAUGCCAGUACAGGGGCCAAACUCAAAGCCAAUAUGUAUACGGAUAGCGCUGUAAGAGCGUCCGUUAAAGUAAGGGGUAAAAAACUAGUCAGUGUCAAGUUUAGCUUGCCGAGACAGAAGAAUGAAAUAUUUGGCGUAAGGUCCGAGUUGCUGAUAAAAAGAAAUAACAAAGAAGAGAGGCAAAGAGGAAUCUCAAGCAACAUCAACUUAAAAUCUAUAUGCUCGUGGCCUUCAGUGGAUAAAACGAUAGGGCUCAAGCUUUGCGCAGAAUAUUACUAUGCAAAUGUGACGGGAAUGGAUAACGUGGCACAUUUCCUGCUUGCGGGGCCAGCCGGGUUUAGGUGGUACAUAAACAAGUCGGAUCCGACAGCCAACGUUUACUUAUUCGAAUAUAAGUGGACGCACCAAAGGGACAAAAGCGUGAUUUCUUUAAUUUUCGAUACCCCCGGAUCCGAGAUAAACAGAGUACUUAAUGGGAACUUAACGAUAGAUAGGCAAAGCCAGAAUCUGACGAUGUUACUACAGUCCUCGGUAGGGACGGUAUUAGCACGGGGCAGAUACAAAAAUACGGAGAAUGAGAAGUUCAUCCAAGUUGCUUUAGAUAUCAAUGACAAGAAACAUUUCGAUGCCAGCAUGUCUCUUGUACGAUCUCAAAUUAAAAAUGGAUUUUCUUACAAACCGAAAGUCUACGUAGGGGUUAACGGAGAACGAGUAGUUAAACUAGAUGGGUCUAUAGAUUUGAUGAGCAAAAAGAGCAUAUCGCAAUACACGGUGGAUAUAAAAUUCGAAACUAAAAGACUGAAUUCCAAACUAUUCGGAUAUAUAUCAAAAAGUGAGUCGUCUCUAGAAGUAAACUUAUACCAAGACUACAAGUUCCACCACACGAAAGAACAGAGGAUUACUUUAAAGUUCGGUGUCGCGAACAGAUCUCGUAACAACAUGGUAGUCGUCCUUGGAUUUUGUAACCUAAAUUCCUCCGCUUACCCCAACUUGAAUUUUGCGUCAAAUGCAACGUUUCAAAGAAGCGGUAGCCACAUGGAUUUGAUAAUAAAACUGAUUCAGAACCCGGUUGCCGAUCAACCAGACGCUGACAUUCAAACUUUAAAGUUCGAUUUACUGUUUUCAUAUAAAUCGUUUACUGACAACAAACGUACGUUGAAAUUGGUCACCGGUUUAAGUAGAAAAUCCAGUAAUUUAGCGUUAAAGGGUGAAUUUAUCUAUGAAAGCUUCCGACACGAUGUGAACAUAGCUGCUCUUGUCAAAUACGGAGACAAUAAAGAAGUUGCCGUGACAAUAUUUUGGUCACAUCCGAGGUUAACGUUGGAGCAGAUUAAGACACACAUUAACAUCACCAUACCGUCCUUCACGCCUAUGAUUCUAAAACUCGACGUACAAGAGAAACAUCCCAAAGAUUUUAUGAUCGACAUUAAAGCUACUUGGUUCAGCGGCCACAGCUUGAACACGAUAGGCUUUUAUCAAGAUAAGAGCACGGCGUCGUCGUCAAAUCAUCAUAUCAAACUGUUCUUGAACUCCCCUAGUUUUCAGGAUGCCAACGUAGAUGUACAAUAUUACCGCAAUAACGAAGUACUGAAGCUGGACCUUAAAGUGUCGCAUAAUAAUGACGAUUAUCAGAUACUCCUUCACCAUCAAACAAUGUCGCCCGAAGAAACUAGGACAUUGGCCAAAGUGAAUAUUAAAGACAAGCUUUACAGAUUCUUUUGCACGGUCUACGACGAAAACUACAAAAAAAUCCAUGCAGAACUGCGCCUAGACCAGAUCAGAGAUAUCGACUUUACUAUCUCUGUUUACAAUUUGGAGACACAUAAAGAAUUUGGUUUUGAAAUAAAUUGGGAUGCAAACCGAGAUCCGGACCAAAAGUUGAUGGUUUUAGCGAAAUAUACCAAAAUAGCGGAUUUUAAUUAUGUCGCAGACUUCACACUCAACUAUCCGUCCCGUACUGUCAGAGGGGAAUAUAAAUUCGUCUUACAGGACAGGAAUCUUAACACUCUUGCAAGCCUGUCGUGGGACGAUGGAAGCACCUUUGCGAUAGACCUAAAUUUAAGAUAUGGAAGCGAAGAGAAGUUGUUUUUGGAAUUUUCUUCAAAUCUAAGAACUCCGUUUGAGAAUUGGAAAUUGAUGAAGUUAAACGGACUGUUCGAACAUUUAAAUAAUAAGUACAUUAUGAACGGUAUGACGGCUUGGGAUCGAGGGCAAAGAGUUGCGAUAGACAUAUUUGGGGACUAUACAUCGACCGAGUCCAUUUUCACUUGUAAAUAUAGUUGUUCCCUAGCAAGUUCUCUCAGUCACAUUCCAAAUAUUAAUACUACGAUCAGUCAUGAACAAAACGAAACCAAUUUCAAUUCAGUUUUACAUUUAAUGUACAAUCCGGAUUUUAUAAUUGACUUAGACAGUCAGUGGGAAAUCGAAUCAAAUAAAGACUCCACCAACUUAACAGGAACGGUUCAUUCGGUCACCCCUUUCAAAGGGUUAAACAAAGGCAUACUAGUCAGUAAAAUUUUCCUGAAAAAUACGAACGACCUCAAAGGAAUCGCAGAGCUGGAUCUGGAUAAUAAAAAAAUUACGGUGAACUUAGAGGGGAAAUUCAGAAAAAUAACAAACUGUAUGUUAAUAGUAAAUGUAACGACGCCCACAGAAGGUUAUCAGUUACGAUUUCGAAUCUCGGUGGAGGAUCGUCAUUUUAUCGCAUUAUUUUCGUAUCCGACAGGAAAUCUCGGUGCGGAGGUGCUAUUUUCUGUUAAUAGCCUCGCCAAUUUCAACACGAAAUUGUACGUAGCCACGCCGGUGGAAUUUUUGCAAAAAGUUAUAAUCGCCGCCAAAUUAGUACCAAACCAGGCUGACUUUCGUCUGGGAUGGAAUUUCCUCUUGAUAGGAUUCUCCGGGGUUUGGAAUUACGUUAACAUCACGAACUUUGAAUAUGCCUACAAGAUCUACACCCCUCUACAGGAUUUCGAGGAAAACGGCUGUGUCGCGAAGCUUGUAUUAUCAAAAGAAGGUCUAGAUUCUGAAGCGUCUAUAAAAUUAUCUAAUUAUAAGCUCGGUGUUAAGUUAUUAGGUAAGUCGAAGCCACUGAAGGAGUUAGGCAUAGAAGUACGGAAAGUCUACUUAAAAUCCAAAGCCUCCCAGAUGGAGAAAAGGAAUGAAAAUCCGCUUAGUUGGAACGGUUUGUUGGAAUUAGAUGUAAUAAUUUACCCGACGAUAAAAGGUGAAUUGGAAAUUGACCAGAAGGAGUAUUCCUACAUUUUACAAUCAACGCUGACACUGCCUCACGGAAUGGCCACAGUUUAUGAUGAAUUCGAGUACAUUGAUAUCUUUUCAAUGAGGAAUAGUCUGAAAGUGGACACACCUUACCAAAGUAUGAAAACUAUUUCGUCAAAUUUUAACUUCGUCGUGGAUACUGGACGUGCUUACAUAUUUGGCCUCGAUGUGGAUUACCAAAACAUGACAAAAUUAAUAAAGACUGGUUUCCAUGCGAAAUACUUAGCCGAGACGAAGGAAACGCAAAAUAGAGUGUACAACGUAACCCUUAAUGUUAACACCCCGUUGCAAGUUUUCCCAAAAUUAAAUAUAUUCGGCGGCUUUAUGAUGGACGCAAAUAAUUAUCACACGUUACUAACAUUUGAAACAAAUAGAAGUGACGUACAUCUGGACGCUACUACCAAGAUUAAUGGUGGUUUACUGGUGCUAACUUCGAAAUUUAAUAUGAUAACGCCGUCUAUAUACAUACCGCCCUGUCAGCUAAACUUAACUAAAUUGUUUUCAAAGUCAGACAAUUAUGUGGAAAUUAAUUUAAAUAUGCCGGAAAAGCUACCAACUGAUAUUCACUUCCGAUCGUCGUGGCUUAUGAAAUCGAGAAACGAAUUCCGUUCAAAAGUACAACUGAUGACGCCUUUUACCGGUUUAGAGAACACGACAACAGCUGUUGAUGUCCAUGUGUCUAAAGGAAAAUCCACUUUUAUAUUCGCGCUCCAGAUGCACCCACUGGACAUGGAGAUUCACUCGACGCUACAAAAUAAUUUAUUUACGUCCACGUCGGUAUUAACUUUUAACAGGAAAAGGUUUCCAGUAUUCAUAAACUGCACGAUAUCGAAACCAUCGGAAGACAUUCGAGAGUUCGACGGUAACCUGAUGUUGAAAGACAAAUUGUUUGAUAUAUCGGGAACCGCCGACGUGAUAGGUGGUUUACCAACAAGAGUUGCCAUUCGAUUCACUCCGAUCGAUAAAACGCCUCCUUUAGACUUUGAGUAUCAGCUUUCGGCGGUAGGCUUAAAUAAAUACAAAAUAAUUGGCAGCGUGCAACACUUCAACCGUUUUACUAAUUUCAAUGCAUAUCUAAGCACUACGGAUAAAUUUAACUGGGAGUUUAACCUACAGCUUGAUACUUCAGAUUCUGCGCGGAUCACUGUCCACGUUAAAGCAGACUCUAACACAACCAGCAAAAAUUUGAUUAUAAAUGCACGCACGCCAAUUCUAAGACUCGAAAAACCCAAACUAGGCGCCACCUAUACCAUUUCCGGACCGGAACAUGUGAUUCAUGGAUUCUUCGAAGCCACCAAGGCAAGAGGGAACAUAGACGUCAAUUUUAUAUGGAUGUUUUUGGAAAACAUGUACAUAAAAACAGUUGGGCGGUAUGAAAGCGUCAAUUACAUCGGCGAAUCAUCACUCAAGGCAUUUUACGAAAACCCCCAGAAGGCAUUCCGAUCUGUUAAAGCUGGAAGCGAUACCAAAAUAGGACAGAUUUGGGAAGCUGGGACAAACGUAUCAUUACACUUAGAAAAGCCCAUGGAAUUUGAAGUGCAUUUAAAACCACCGAAUGAUGAUAACAAAGAAAUACACAGCGUAUAUGGAAACUUAGACUAUACGAAGAAUUAUAGAAACACUGACUGUUUAUUGAAAUACAGAACCAGAAAUUCCCAAAGAAAAUACGGCAUUUGGGGAAAAAUCUUAACAGAAAAUAAGUCGAAUUUAUCCGGAAAUAUAGAGGUGGAAUGGGAUAGCAAACGGUACAAUAAUUACGCUAACUUCGAAGGAUCUGGUAAAGUAUUCGAUUUUAUAUACAAACUAAAAACUCCAAAGUUUGUCGACAAGCAAUUUCUAGAAACAAAUUUUAAAUUCGCGUCGCUAAGCGAUCACUACAAUUUGACGGGUCAAAUAUUUCACCCCGAGAAACGAUCCGUCGCAUAUGCCACGGUCGAUUAUAAAGAGUUAGGUAACAUGAACGGGCUAAUCAACGUAACUGUACCGUACAAGUCCUUAAACUACACAGGCGCGCUAUUCAGCGCCAAAACAAACGAUUUUCAACACAACAGGCACAUUAAGGUAUUUUGGCAAGGCAACGACGCGGUUUUAGACAGCAAAUGCGACAUAAAGUCGCAAGGUAUGUCGUCCGAAAGAAACCUGAAAGGUGUGUUAACUGUGGAGUUACCUCUGGCCACACGUCACGUUGCUUUUAUGGAUUACGAGUACGACAAAAAACCGAAAAACAGUAUGGGCCAUGCGGUAGUGAAAUACAAUGGUACUAACGUUCUAGACGGCACGUAUAAAAGUGUGACGGAGUCGAAAGUCGGAAUAAAUAAAGAUAAAAUUCACGUGGAACUGCAGAACAAGUUGGUACCCGUGGGGGCUGAUUACAUUCACACACAAGAGUCUGAUUCGUCGAAGGAGGAUAAAGCGAAUAUGCCGAACGUGGACAAUAAAUAUCUACAUUUAUACCAUUUACAAAAUCGGUCCAAGUUUAACGUUACCGGUGAGUUGUAUAUACGUUCAACGUGGAGCGGACAGGAAUACAUUUUAAAAGCAACUCACGGAAACAGAACGGUUAAAUUAUGGAACGGUUACGACGUCUUAGAUCGAGAAUAUAGACAACACUCCCGCAUAGAACUAAGCCCCUCCAACUGGAUAGAAUACGACAUCGCUUUAAUCAACAAAACUACGGACGAGACUUUCGACGUUCAGCAAGGAAUAAUCAACGUGAUUUACCCGCGUCGUAAAUUUACAGCGCAAGGCUUUUAUAACAUAAGUAAUUCAAUUGUAUCGACGGACGCUUCACUCGUGUGGGACAAAGACAACAAAACGGUUAAGGUUGGGAUGGAUUGGAGGCGGUCAUCGGUUCAACGAGAACAACUGCUGUUAAAAAUCAAACAUCCUUCAUUUGAAAGGGAUGUUUCACUCUUUAGCGACUACGGAUACGAUAAGACUUCGAUCGACGGGCAAGUAUUUGUUGAUUAUUCGUUAGAUCCCGAUCAACGAUUGACGUUACGUGGAAAACUAAGCGACAAUUCUAAUUCGCGCAUCUACAACUACUCGUACAUGGCCUGGGCCGAACACAACACCACGAAUUUAAUUUUAAACUCCAGAGGUGAUUUCUAUUGGAAUUCCAGUACUUUCGGUACCGAACACGUCACUAAUUACCGACGGUCGUACCUGCCCUUAUCUACAUCGGUGGCUUUAGCUCGGGUAAAUCUACAACAAAACGAAAUAGAAAUGAAGAAAGACAGCGCUGCCACUGGACUGUCCUACUUUUAUGGAAAGUACGGUGAAAACUUCCCUAUUUACACGGCAAAUAUAUGGGCCGCACACGGAGUUAACGAUACCGCUGGAGAGUUCUACCUUAAUUUAAAAAUGAAACUGUUGUACCUCAAUGUUAACUUAACAGAAGAUGGAAGUCAGAGCCUUCACAUGUAUGGGUUUAUACCGGACGCUAGAAGUGCCGUUUUUGACAUUUGGCGUGAUUACGAGGAUAAACGAGUUUCUGACGUAUCUUACUUCUUAAGGCUGAACCAUUCACGGUUAAUAAUGUCUAGAUUGCAAUGGAGACCAGAGCUAAUAGGGGAUGUACAGUCGGGUAUACGAAGAAGUAUUAUGAAAUUUUACACAGACAUGUUAGAAAGUAUAAACAACACAAAGCAAUACGCAAGAACCGAGACAUCGGACGCCAUUCACGGUAUAUGGAUAGAUGCCAAACCCAAUAUUCACGUGUUUCUUAGCGACCUAAGAAAUUUAUCCGUCAUUGAAAGUGAUAUAGACGAGCUUAAGUCAUUUUUAAAUAAGUCGUAUCAUAAUAACGAGUUUUAUAUUAGAGAUAUAACUACAACUGUUAUAACUAUGUUUGAUGAGUUGGCGCUCAAAUCACAUUUGCAAUCGUUACCGACGAUUGUCCAAGAAAUUUGGUCGGUGAUGGGAGAGUCUGGACAGAAAAUCAAACGGGGAAUAUUAUGGGUCAUAGAAAAGGUAAAACUGUAUUACAAGAAUACCACCGACUUCAUCCACGGAUUUAUAAACGGCGAUCCCGUCGAACACAUAUCAAAUCUGUUUGAAAAACUGAUUGAAAAGUACGACAACUUCAUAAAAAACGUCCACGUGACUGUAAUACAGUACAUGGAGCAGAUGUGGUCCCAGAUAUCCACACUAAUCGUCGAACACUGGCACAAAACGUUAGCAGCUAUCGAACCUACAUUUUUAAAAUUAAUUCAUUACAUUGAAUCCAUCGUCUGGAAUACUGGAAAAGAAUUUUUAGACUUCCUGUACCUCCGGAAAAAUGAGAUCGUGGAAUCCCCCUACUUCGUGAGAUUCACGAAAUUUUCGCACGACAUAGACAGAUUCUACAAAGAUAUAACUGGUAAAAAUACAAUCGGUAGCAUUUACAAGUACAUAACCAUAACGUGGAACUUCUUAAAAGAAAAGUUUAUUAACACAAUUCCCUUCGGAAAAGAAUUAUCGGCGAUUGUAAGUGAGAUAUGGACGGAGCUGAAGCAAAUUGGAAAUAUACCGUCCAUUAAAUAUCUGAUAACUAAAUGGAAUGAAUCUUACGAGUGUGCCAAAUAUUACUACGACCAUUUUGAUGUUGAAAACAGAAUCCAUAAGAUUGUUACUAUGAUAUACAUUAAAUUAUCCGACAUGUCCGUCACGGCCUUGGAAGCGGAAAACAGACAGCGUGUAGCAAAAACGAAAUUCGUUUUUGAACCUGACGAUGGAAUAAUGCUUUUGGAACAGAAACUUCCUAUGCCUUGGCACGCUUUCAACGAAACUCCUAAGUUUAAGGAAAUUCCCGAAAUUAAAGCAAUUUACGACUUACAAAAGUACUUGGAGGCGUCUAAGAUUUCGUUUUGGAACUUAUACUACGACUACAAACCCUUCGUGAACCCCGAGGAAUGGUUACCGCCUUUUAAAGGACAAGCGAUGGUGGUUGGGACUAAGUACUACGUCACGUUCGACAGGAGAUAUUACGAGUUUCAAGGGCGCUGCACUUAUCUCCUAGCGACGGAUUUCGUGGAUCAUAAUUUCACUUUGCUCGUAGAUUACGAUGACGUCGGGAAUACCAACAAACUUAUACUUUUGCUAAAUAAAAGUAUCAUUCACAUCGAUAUGCUUAACAAACGUAUUCAAAUUGGUGGAGUGGGGAUGGAACGGCUACCGUUGCAAAUCGGAGACAAUUAUUUGUACCAAGAUGCCGAUAUUCUGACGGUAAAGGGUGCGUCCGGAUUUAAUCUGGAAUGUAACAUGAAAUUCCACAUAUGUACUUUUGAAAUGUCAGGUUGGUACUUUGGAAAAACCGCAGGGCUUUGGGGUACAUACAACAACGAACCUUCAGACGACUUUACGACGUCAUCCAAAGCUCACCUGAACACUUCUAAAUUAAAUGCGUUUGGAGACAGUUGGACUCUAGAUAAAAAUUGUAAAACAAGUGUUCCUUUAAACGAUAAUUCUAAAACAGCCCCGCAACACAUACUAACCCUUUGCGAAGAAUUCUUCACGAGCAAAGUCUCACAGCUCACUUCAUGUUUCCAAAAGAUCCCGAAAGAGAGUUUUAUCUCUAUGUGUCACAACAGCCAAAACGAACGAGAGGCUUGCAUGUCAGCCAUAUCUUACAUCAACUUAUGUUCCUAUGCGAAUAUCCCUUUGAGGAUUCCAGACACUUGCGUCAAGUGUAACUUAUUAAAUAACACAGAAAUCAAAGAGGGUGAAUUCAUCAGACUGCAGGGCAGCGCCGUUCCGCAAACUGCAGAUGUAGUUUUUAUAGUGGAAGCUAAAGAGUGUAACAAAGACCUUAUAAGAUCUAAAAACUUUGACACUGUUAUAGAACAGUUAGACAAGGAACUAAGCGAUUUGAACGUGAUGAACAACAGAUAUUCGGCAGUCGUUUUUGGUGGAGACGGAAUUUUUGAUGAGCCAAGGAGUGUUAUAUUGAAUGGAAAAACGUUUACGGAUUCUAAAUCGAUUGUCAACUACUUUAAUAAUUUGCCGAUAGGAAACGGGAACAAGGAUAUGUUCAACGCUAUAAUAUUUGCUUAUAACCUAAUGUUUAGGCCAGGAGUGUCUAGAAAUUUUAUUCUCUUGCCAUGUUCCGAGUGUAACAAGUAUAACAUGGAUUAUGAUUAUUCUACCAUUCAUCAGUUAUUAUCCGAAGGUGCCAUUUCCCUGCACAUUAUAAUGAACGACAAUUUCACAAUGCAAAAAGAACGAGAAGUUAGAAUUCCAUACGGUAUAGACCGUCGCUACGCGUUCACAAAAAGAGAUAUGAGAAGUCUUGUGGGAGAUCAGUUGCUACGAAAAUCCAUUAUUCUUCCCAAGGCCACGCUAGGCCAUUGCCUUUCCUUGACUAUGGAAACUAAUGGCACUGUAUUUAGCGGGAAAUAUUUAGAGGACAAAAAGAAUGCCAAAAAAUGCUCGACGGUGUUUGCUAAAGCCGUCGCACGAAAAUCUUUGCCUCGACAAUGCGUGGACUGCGAGUGCACCGCACCGAAUUCGGGUGUUUCUUAUAUGGAGUGCUAUCAGUGUACAAUGACGAACUUAACAAGGAACUCCAUCGAACAACAUAUCUUAGGGUUUGAAGACGAGGACUCCUUUAAUACCAUGAACGUAUUUGAUGGUUUCAGUUUUUAAUUUAUAAUAAGUUUUAAUUUACAGAUAAGUUCUAUGUUGUAAGUGUCUUUUAUUAGCGUUUUCAAUAAAAUAUAUAAAGUUUUUUA